AUAGAAGUUAAAUUCAUUCAAAUUAUAGUCAUAUCGGUUUUCGUUGGCAAAAUAAAUAAUUUUCUGCCAUGGUGAAUGUUAUGAAAGGUGUCCUAGUUGAAUGUGAUCCCGCUAUGAAACAAUUCCUUCUGCACCUGGAUGAAACGCAAUCACUAGGAAAAAAGUUUAUCAUUCAAGACCUAGACGAAAAGCACCUGUUUAUAUCAGUUGAAAUCGUCGAAGUUCUUCAAGCUCGCGUGGACGAUUUGAUGGACCGCAUUAGUUUCCCACUGCACGAGAAGGAAGCUUAA